UGUUCUGGUUACAUGACUGAAUAUUUGCUUCAGUACAGUUUGAACAAACAGAUUCUAUACGUAUCACUAGUUAUUUAAUCUUUGAAUAAAUUACUGUGCACAUUUUGUAGACUUUUCUGAGAAAUUGAUAAAAGUGCCGCUAAUGGCAACUUAUGAAGAAAAAUUCGAACACAAUCAACAUUGUGAAGCAUUUAUAUGUUGUCAAAAGUGCGAUUUCCACGCCACGACUUUCGACAGUGAUGGUCAUCCCGAAUUUGUUAUCGAGGACGAAGGCUAUCUUUGGUGUCCUAACAACCACAGGCUGUUCCGCUCGUUUUGCGAAGUUUGCGCGGGAACCUACACCCACUUUUACAGAAAUAGAAACCGAGUUCUUUGUGUUUCCUGUGAUUAUCCGGUUUUCAUAUUUAAACUACCUUUGCUGGACCAUUUUGAUUUUCUGGAUUACAAAUUUGACUUGACUGUUUUGGAAAGAGAAAUUUGUUGUGAAAGACACAACUGUUCCAAUUCUAGCCUGCGUGAGUUCCAAAUUAUACCCAUUGACGAUAAAAUACUGUCGCUCACAUGUCAUAAAUGUGACUUGGAACAAAUUAUUGUCCCUACAGAUCAACAGGAAAAAGACUGUGGAACUGCGAACGAUUUUUACCAAGGGGGAGGUUGUUCACGCGAUGAAAUGGAUCUAAGAAAAAAUUGGGAUGCGCCACAGAAAUAUCCCGGAGGCGCACUUGAGAUAGUUCAGAAUGGAGCAAAGACCGGAUUCUUCUCGAAGUUGAAAGCCGUGACCAUGCCGGUGUUCAGGACGCUGUUUAAUAUCGGAAGGCGAACAUUCAAACCAGUGGCUAAGUUAGCUUUAAGUGCAGCAGCACCGAUUCUCGGGCCUCUGGGAACUACGGUCGGGUUGACGCUGGUAGAGAUAGCAGGACACUUAUUGGAACAGUUUGCUCAGGAAAAGGAUGAUGGAGACAAGAAACCAAUCCAGGAAAUCAUGAAAGAGCUUCUCCCCUUUUUAGAAGACCACGUUGUAGAACAGGUGCUUAAAAUAUUGGGAAAAAAAUCAGUUGCCAAGGGAAUUAAGGAUCGUUAAAACUAGCGAAAGACUAUUUUGAUAUAAAAUUGGAUACGAAAAAAGGUAUAUAUACAUUUAGAACUCGA